AUGAAUGGCAUUAUCGAGUACGACCAAAAACUAACAUCACUUCCAAGAUUUUUAUUUAUUCACCAGCAUUCGCAGAAGAAAAGUUGUUGGAACUUAAUUUUCAUUUUUACUAUAACUUUUUAUCUUGCGAACACAUUUCUCCUUAUGUCUAUAUGGCGACCAAGUUCCGUAGGCAUCACUAUGAUCACUAGUUUUUAUAUUCGAAUAGAAUUCAUCGUAGACAUUUCAGUAAUUUUUUCCACAUAUUUUGUCUUACAACAAUUGGAGUAUAGACUUCAAACGUUGAAUGAUUCCUGGAAAUAUCUUCUACCAGGCUUUCUAGUCGUUCCGGCUGGUGAAUUGACACAUUCCAUCACAGGAAUAACGAUGGAUAAAAUACGGUUGUUACAUGCUGAACUAUCGGACUUACUAAGAAUAUUUAGUGUAGGUUACGGACAGAUGCUAUUAGGGUUCUUUGUAUUCAGUUAUAUUAAUAUGGUGCUCAAUUUUCAUUAUAUUAUUAAUCAUAAUAGUAUGGAAAGAGAAGAAUUCACUUCUAGAUAUUUUCUAAAAAAUGUAGCACCAUAUAUUUCAAGCAUAAAGAAUGUCAUAUUUAUUUUAUGGAUUAUCAUUGCUGCAUCACGUGUACAUGAAAAGAAACGGAGGAUGAUAUCAAAUUUACGAUUAAUAAGGAUAUCAAAUUUACCGGCAAACUUAAAAAUUCAAGUUAAAAUGUUUAUGAACCAAAUAUUAGUUUUUGAAUCAAGUGAAAUCACCGGUUUCGGAAUUUUUAAUAUAAAUUUAAAUCUUGUUGUAACAAUAAUAAUACUACUUAUUACUGGAUUAGUAACAUUAAUACAAUUGAAGGAACAUCCAUUUAUGAAGCAAUCGGUAUUAAAAUUAAAGAAUUACCUACGUAAUGUAACUGCAAUUAAAGUUAAAUAA